AUGGCAAAGCGUCAGACCAUAAUUCAGGAGAAUGGCUCCAAGAGAAGGCGAGAGGAGGGGAAGGAUGAUCCGAUGAGAGGACUUGACGUCGCAGAAGACUUGACAACAGAGACAGUCUUGGAGACCUACGACGUGAAGACUUCGGGUGGCAAUUGUGUUCAUGAGUGCGUGCGACCGGCAGAAGCAGCUGGCCAGCCAACGGCAGCAUUGCCAAGUACUCCGGCAAAAACUUACAGUUUUCAGUUAGAUGCCUUUCAGCAAGAAGCCGUGAAUUGCUUGGAGAGAAGAGAAUCUGUCAUGGUGGCAGCGCACACAUCUGCUGGCAAAACAGUCGUCGCGGAGUAUGCAAUCGCCAUGGCACUGCGAGACAAGCAACGCAUUAUCUACACUUCUCCCAUCAAGGCCUUGAGCAACCAGAAAUAUAGGGAUCUGCAGGAUGAAUUCAACGACGUGGGUUUGAUGACGGGUGAUGUAACCAUCAACCCUCAUGCUUCCUGCAUGAUUAUGACGACUGAGAUUUUGCGGUCUAUGCUGUAUCGAGGUUCCGAUGUUUCACGAGAGAUGGCUUGGGUUGUUUUUGACGAAGUGCAUUACAUGCGAGAUCGAGAUCGUGGUGUGGUUUGGGAGGAAGUGAUGAUCUUGCUUCCAGAUUCAGUCCGACUUGUUUUCUUGUCUGCAACAAUCCCAAAUGCCAGGGAGUUUGCAGAAUGGAUCUGCCGAAUAAAGCACCAGCCAUGCCAUGUGAUCUACACUGACAAGCGCCCAGUUCCACUGCAACAUUAUUUGUUUCCUGCAGGUGGCGAUGGAGUGUACAUGGUUGUCGAUGAGAAGGGUCACUUUCGUGAAGACAACUUCCACAAAGCCUUAACAGCCUUGCAGAGUGCUGCUGACUCAACAAAUGUGGACACAAAGAAGAUUCAGAAAAAGAAAAGCAAAAGCAACUUGGGUGACUUGGAAAAGAUUGUGAGGAUGUGUGGUGACAGAGGCUAUUUGCCAGUCAUUGUUUUCUCAUUCAGCAGGAAGGAGUGUGAGGCCAAUGCAGUGGCUUUGAAAAAGAUGGACGUCACAGAUGACGAUGAGAAGAGAUUGAUUGAUGAAGUCUUCAACAAUGCGAUCAUGACACUGGGUGAUGAGGAUCGGGAACUACCUCAGGUGCAAAGUAUGCUUCCGCUUCUGCGACGUGGCUUAGGCAUCCACCAUGGAGGUUUACUUCCGAUGUUGAAAGAAGUUGUAGAGAUUCUCUUUCAAGAGUCUUUGAUCAAAGUCUUGUUCUCUACCGAGACCUUUGCUAUGGGUAUCAACAUGCCCGCAAAGACUGUGGUCUUCACCAAUACUCGGAAGUGGGAUGGCGUUGAAUACCGAAUCCUCAAUGCCGGUGAAUACAUCCAGAUGAGCGGCCGUGCUGGCCGGCGAGGCAAGGAUGAUCGUGGACUUACCAUCAUCAUGUUUGAUGAGAAAGUGGAACCAGAGGUUGCAAAGGAGAUGUUCCUGGGUCAAUCCUCCAAGAUCUUCAGUGCAUUUCACUUGGGAUACAACAUGCUCAUAAACCUCCUCCGUUUGGAAGGUGCAGAUCCAGACUACAUGAUCCAAAGGAGCUUCCAUCAAUUUCAGAAGGACAAGUCCGCCUUGGAGAUUCAAGCUCGGAAGCAAGACCUUGAAACAGAGGUGGCGAACCUGGAGGAUCUUCGUGUAGCAGUGAAUGAUAAUAAUAGCAGCUAUGCAUUCAAUGUAGAUGAAGCGAUUGCAGAUUACUACUACAUCGACAAGCAGUUGAAGAAAAAGAUGGAUGAAAAGCGUGAGAUUAUUGUCCGACCAGAGCAUAUUGCUCCCUUUCUCAAUCCAGGACGGCUUGUGUGCCUGAAGGAUGGCGAGACAGAUUGGGGCUGGGGAAUUCUAAUCUCUGCCGCACGGAAGAAGCUCACUGAACAGCACGUUGUAUUGGAAGAUUCUGAGCCUCAGUGGGUUUUGGACAUUUUCCUGCCUUGCGAUGCGGAGCUGAAAGAUCGACCCCCACGGCCCGACGGCAAAGCAGAGGGCAGGAUCCUAUCUAUGGCACUACCGCUGGUACAAAAGAUCAGCAAGAUUCGAUCGAACAUGCCUUCCGGUGACCCGGAUAGUGAAGAUUCUCGCCGGGCAUUGCUCAAGACUUUGCAUCAGAUCAAGAAUCACAAGAGCUUUAAACAAGGCAUCCCUGAGCUUGACCCAGUGGCAGAGAUGAACAUCAAGACGGAGGAGAUGAGCAAUGUGAUGUCCAGCAUUGCCGACCUAGAGAAGAAGUUGGCCACGAACAGCUUUCACGGCCACGAAAAGAUGCAGCUGUACUAUGAUUGCUUUGCCAAAAAGGUGAAGAUGCAUGGAGAGGUGCAGGACUUGGAGAAGCAGAUCAACCAAAGUCGCUUUAUGGUCAUGAGUGAUGACUUGCGAGCCAUGAGACGAGUGUUGAGAAGGAUCGUGUUUCAGAACGUGUUUGCUGAUAUUGAUGCUAACAACAUCAUUGCUCUAUGCUCUUGCUUGGUCUUCGAUGAGAAGUCAGAGGAUCCGAUCACCAAUAAUCUGGAUCUCAUGAAAGCUUUUGAAACCUGCAAGGGCAUUGCCCGAAAUGUGGAAAACAAGAUCCCUAUUGAUGUGGAGGAGUACGUCCAAAAGCUAAAGCCUCAGUUGAUGGAGGUGGUCCUGCAUUGGUUGGAGGGGAAGAAUCAGUGCAACUUGUACGAAGGCAGCGUGGUGCGGGUGAUUCGUCGCCUUGAAGAGCUCAUCCGAGAGCUGGCGACGGCGGCCAAGACCAUUGGCAACGAGGAGCUGGCCUCGUCAAUGCCAGGUAGAUACGACCACUCUGCCGUGGAAAAGGACCUGUAUGGUUGGUGGGAAUCUGCUGGUUUCUUCCGACCAGAAGUUGCAGAGAAGGUCCCCUCCGAGUCAGAGAAGAAGGAGUCCUAUGUAGUACCCAUGCCACCGCCCAAUGUGACUGGCAGGCUUCACAUGGGUCAUGCCAUGUUCGUGAGCUUGGAGGAUGUCCUCACACGUUUUCAUCGAAUGCGUGGCGAUCAAACUCUUUGGUUACCAGGCACCGAUCAUGCCGGCAUUGCGACGCAGAUGCUGGUGGAAAGACAGCUGGCCGCAGAGGGCACCUCGCGCCAGGAAGUGGGCAGGGAGGAAUUCCUGAGACGCGUAUGGGAAUGGAAGGAGGAGAAAGGCGGUGCCAUCGUCGAUCAGAUGCGAUGCUUGGGUGCCUCAGCCGACUGGUCCAGAGAGCAGUUUACGCUGAAUGAUCACAUGAGCGGCGCAGUGGUUGAGGCGUUUUGCCGGUUGCAUGAGAUGGGUGCCAUUUUCCGUGGUCAACGCAUGGUGAACUGGAGCCCAGUCUUGCAGACUGCGGUCAGCGACCUCGAGGUGGAGUACUCUGACGCUCAAGGACACUUGUAUUAUUUCAAGCCACGAUCUGAGCUGACCUCGUUUGGAACCGGUGCAUUGAAGAUCACACCCUCUCAUGACUUCAACGACUUUGAGAUUGGUCAAAGACACGGCCUUGAGAACUAUACGGUCAUUGGGUUGGAUGGAUCUAUGGCAAACACCUUGGAAGCCUUAGGCCAGACGCCUUGCACGUGGAUGGAUCCCAUCAACUUUGCCCAAAGAUAUCCAAAAGAUCAAUUUGGGACCUUGGGAAGGUUCGCCCGAAUACGUGGGCCUUGA